AGCUCUUUCUGGCUCAGUCUGGUCUGGAAUCUCCGUGCCAGAUUUUUUUUUGUCUGACAAAUCCCAUGAUCCGAUUUUUCGCACUGGGUCUCUGCACCUGCCUGGCGCUGCGGCAAGAUAUUCCAUUUCCUGCUGCUUGGGAUUGGCUCAAGGAGGCGGGAGACCAGGAGCUGCUUGCAGAGUGGAUCCCCCCGGAGAGGCACAGCUUCGAGUGGCUGCCCUGCAGCGCAGAGCCCAUACACUGCGGCCAGGACUACUUCAAGGAGGUUUACGAGCACUUCCAGACAGCCAACGAGAUCAUUGUGCAGGGAUGGUGGUACGUGAUUGACGCGCCCUUAUUUGCGCCGGUCUACGGUGAGACGCCCACCAUCUCGCUGAAGGAGCUGAUCCGAUCUGCUGCCAUGCGGGGAGCGCACAUCUACUGCCUGUUUUGGAAGACGGCGCUCUCCGAGCAGCUGGGCUACCCAGUGGAGCAAACCGCCGCUGAGCUCACUGCGCUCCACCCCAACGUGCACACCUUGGUGGACACCACCAGGCAUCUCACUCCGACGCUCCUCUGGUCGGCCCACAUCAAGGUCACAGUCUUUGAUAGGAAGCUCGCGUACGCCGGGGGCGUGGACUUUGCGGGCUCCCGGCUGGACGGCGAGAGGCACAUCCUGCCGGACCAGGCCAGGACUCCGAACCCGGAGCACGCGAGGGGGCAGCAUGCGAACUUCAAGCCCUGGCAGGAUGUCAUGGUCAGGGUGAAGGGCGAGCCUGCUGAGGAUCUGGCCACCGUGGCCAUAGAGCGCUGGUGGACCUUCUGUGACCAGCUCAUCACCAGCACCACCCCGCCGUGCAGCGCCAAGCACAAGCCGCAGUUGGUCUCCCUUGGCGUGCUCAACGCCCGUUUGGUGACUAAGGCACAGGGCGGCAAAGCGGUGGAGCUCCGCAUAGACGCGGGCUACGAUGUCAAGGUAGUGACACUGCGGGGCGUGAACCAUACCAUCUCGCAGGACCUGGGCAAUCGCCGUGACCUGUCGGUCCGGAGCUUCGUGAAUCUGAAAGGGCAGGCCGACAGAGGCCUCUUUUUCAGCCCCCGGCGUGCUGCCAGAACAGAUGCCCGUCCCUCCUGCGCCGUCUUCGGCGCCGAGAGUGCCGGCCCCAUCUCCUUCAGCGACUGCCAGUGCAAAGCGAAUUCGUAUUUGGCCGGAACUGCGCCGGCGUGCAAGACGGAGCGGAUGAGUGUGAAGUUCUACUUCAAGGAUGUGGCUGGCACGGACUGCUUCUGCCAGGACUAUACCACGACCGUUUGGCUGAACGAUCUGCGUGCCGGCAAAGACGUGAGAGUGGCAGGAAACGUGGUGCACCUUCGCCUGGCCAAGCCCGCUGUGGGGGCACUCGAGGAGCAACGCCAGCAAUGCCGGGUGCUGCUGACAGGCGACAACACCUGGUUUGGGGGCCGCCAAGUCAUGGUUGACAUCUACCAGGAGCACAAGAAGCUGAUUGCCGGCGCCACCUCAAGCGUCUACAUCGAGAACCAGUAUUUCGGCAGCAAACUCUCUCCUAGAGUGACAGAGAGCCUGCAUUCUUGCUCCAAGCUCUUAAGCAGCGCUCAGAACGACUUGGCCACCGAUCUUUACCAGAAGAUCACCACAAAGGCCAAGAAGGGAGAGCCCUUCUCCGUGGUGAUCGUCAUCCCGCUGGCCACCGAAGAGUGCGAGACGCACUACCCCAACCUCCAAAAUGCACAAUGCCUGGAAGAGGCUUUGAAGCAGUUCUGGGUGCUGAACAACAUUCGAGUUCCGCUGAAGAACUACUUCGGCAUGCACCACCUGGCGAAUGUGGUGCCUUAUCCGAGGGAGGCAGCUGCGUCCGCCUUCUACGGGAUCUUCGUGCAUUCCAAGCUGCUGGUGGUGGAUUACGACAAGCCAGGUGCGGAGUCCAUCGUAGGCAGCGCCAACCUCAACGACCGCUCCUUGCUGGCCAAUCGGGAUGCCGAGGUGUCCGUUGGCGUCAAGGGCCAAGCCUUUGCGCAGGAUCUGAUGUCGAAGCUGUUGCGGCAGCACGCGGACAUCGCACCGCCAGCUUCUGAGCAGCUUGCGACAGAGAUGGCCAGGGUGGCGGCAUCCAACGUGGCCAAGUUGAGCUCCCUUGGCCUCGACUGGUCGCAGGGCACCUUCUCCGGCAAGCCCUUCUUGAACCAGAACGUCGACGAGAGCCGGCCUGUGCCAGCGACGCUGGACAUGGCGGAGUCCUUCAAAGUGGGCUCAGGCGUGCACUGGUUCCGCAUCAACCAGACCGCGGUGGCUUUGGACGGCCACGUGCUGCCCUUUUCACAGCGUGUUUGGGGAGAUGCCGACGUCUACAGGUCCUGGAAGCAUUUGCACCCUUACGCGGCCUGGCUGCAGCAAUGAACCUCUCAG